AUGGGUCAAACCUCUUCUGCUCAGAUCAUUGUCACCCAAGCAGACAAGUCAGAUAUUGUCUGUGAGAUCUUCAGCCAGGGAGUGGUGCAUGCUUCCCAAAAACUAAAGGACUAUCUUGGAUUCGAAGACCCCCAUGGCAGUUUCCGUCCCAGCACAGACACCCUAACAGAGAUCUUUCUGGUCAACUUCAUCACCUUCUGCACGGAAAAGGGAGUCGAAGAACGAAUUGCUACCAGCAAAAUGACCAAGCAGCAAGCAGUCUUGUUUGGUGUGGACUGGAUAUGGAGUCUGCUUGGCCCCGACAAAACCAUGAGGCUCCAGGUAGCUGUCCAGGCCUUACAGAUGUCCGAUUUUAAGGAAAAUGGGCGAGGAGACCCAAUAGAGUACGGCCCCUGCAAGGAAAUCCAACUGACUGACACAUUUUACAAACACAAGAGUCCAUAUGAGAAGCUGGAGGAGUUUUGUCGGCUGGUGGGCUCAGAUUGUCUAGGUCUCUUCAUCAUCUUCGGCCUGCCAGGAAAACCCAAGGAUGUGCGAGGUAUCCUAUUGGACAGCGUCAGCAGGGAAAAUAAAAAGAAUUCAGUACCGGCCGAGACAGCUUUGCAGCAAUUCAUCCUGAAUACAGACAAUUUCCUUCCCACAAAGGAGUUGUUGGACACUUGUAUGUCCAAGAGGAACGGGCAAAGGAACAUUGGAAAAGUAUAUAUCAACUUUUUAUAA